AACAACAAAGUCGACCAGCAAGAUCUUUGUUAUAUUUCUCUUAUCUGCAGUAUUCAAUCACGCACCUCGUAACAAACAGUAUUUUACUCGCUCUAAUUGCACCUAUUAUCUAGAUGAUGAUGAAUCGAUGGCGCUGUCUUCAUAUAUUCGAUAACGAUGUCAUAUUUGUCAUCGUCAUCAAGCUAAUAAGGGUGCUCUCUGUUAUUGAUGGUCCUCAAUAACAACCUCUACAAGGUUCAGGCACAGAGGAGUUAGAAGCUGAAAAAAUGAAGCAGGAGAGGGAAGAACCCCUUCUGGCCCAUGCACAAGAACACCCUCCUGAUCAUUCUCAAUAUGAUCCUCUUCCUUCAAUUCUGAUCAGAUAUCUUUACAUAGGCCACUUUUUGGCCAGAUGGGGUGCCAGAAUGUGGGAAUUCUCUGUUGGUUUAUACAUGAUACAUGUAUGGCCAGACUCUCUGCUUUUUGCUGCUGCAUAUGGUGUCGUGGAAUCAGCGUCUACUGCGCUUUUUGGACCUUUGGUUGGACAGUGGGUGGAUAGGUUUACAUAUGUGCAGAUUCUUCGACUUUGGUUAGUAACACAAAAUCUCUCCUUUAUGAUUGCUGGAGGCACCGUGAUGGCGCUACUGAUAUACCCUGAUCUUAAAUUCACAAAUUUCAGUGCAUUUGUAUUACUUAUCAUUUUAACCAACAUCUCUGGAGCUCUUGGAGUUCUAUCCACUUUGGCUGGUACCAUCUUAGUCGAAAGAGACUGGAUUGUGGUGAUGUCAGAGGGGCAUCCUCCAGAGCUACUAACAAACAUGAAUUCCGUCAUUAGGCGUAUUGAUCUUUUCUCAAAGCUAUGUGCUCCUGUGGUAACCGGAUUCAUCAUCAGCUUUGUAUCACUACAAGCUUCUGCUUUAACUUUAGCACUCUGGAAUACUAUAUCUGUUUGGCUGGAAUACUGGCUAUUCAUUUCUGUGUAUAAUGGGAUUCCAGCUUUAGGCGAAAGCAACCAAAGGAAGAUAACAAGACCUUCUCAGAGUGAUCUUGAACGCUCUAGCGCAUCUACUUCUCAAGAGACGAGUAGCUUGCUUUCUAAAAAUGAAAAUGUUUCGGGAUUCGCUGAGGAAAGCUGGAUUGCCAGAGUUAAUAAAAUUGUAUCAAGGUUACCUUGUGUUAGUGCUUGGAUUGUGUAUUUGCAGCAAGAUGUUGUACUGCCCGGAGUAUCUCUGGCUUUGUUAUUUUUCACUGUACUCAGCUUUGGAACAUUGAUGACAGCUACCUUGGAAUGGGAAGGCAUACCUGCAUACACCAUUGGGAUAGCUCGUGGAAUAAGCGCUGCAAUUGGAAUUACUGCAACAAUUGUUUAUCCCAUCUUGCAACCUCAUAUCUCAACACUUAGAACUGGACUCUGGUCUAUCUGGUCUCAGUGGACCUUCCUUUUAUUAUGUGUCGCUUCAAUCUGGAUCCAUAAGAGCCUUUGGUCAGCAUAUAUGCUAAUGGCAGGAGUGGCUACUUCUAGGCUUGGAUUGUGGAUGUUUGAUUUGGCUGUCAUCCAACAAAUGCAGGAUCAAGUUCCUGAAUCAGAUCGUUGUGUAGUGGGAGGAGUUCAAAACUCCCUUCAGUCCAGCAUGGAAUUGAUGGGCUAUGUCAUGGGAAUAAUCAUAUCGAAUCCACAGGAAUUCUGGAAGUUAAUUUUGGUCUCUUUUGCUGCGGUAACAUUGGCUGCAUUACUCUACACCCUGCACCUUUACCGUGUCCGAAAGCACCUCCUUCACUUUGAGAAACUACCCUCCUUCCUGAAAUGCUUCACCUGUUCACAAUCUGAAAAUCCAUAAUAGUUGGGCAUCCAUUUCCCUUCUCGUUUGAAAAUUCACAAUCUGCAGUCUUGUUCAUAUUUGAUGCAAAUUAUGAAACUUCUAAGUUGGGCCAUCAUCAGGCUUCUAUGUUUCAUACGUAUUUCAAAUUUGAUUAAUAAUUGCAGUAAGAUACAUUUAAUUA